UGAAAAUAAUCAAGCUAGAAAGCAAACAGAACGAAAGAAGAAAAAAAAAUUAUUAGUACUAAAAUUAAGAAUAAAAAAAUGGGAGAUUCCUACUUAACUAAGGAGGAAAACCAAAUUAGUGUUUCCUUUGAACAAACUGAGGAUAGUGCUUGUCUUUCAGCAAUGGUACUUACCACUAAUCUUGUUUAUCCAGCAGUAUUAAAUGCUGCUAUUGAUCUCAAUUUAUUUGAUAUCAUUGCUAAGGCAACACCACCAGGUGCUUUCAUGUCACCAUCUGAAAUUGCUUCUAACUUGCCAACAUCAACUCAACAUUCGGACUUGUCUAAUAGGCUUGACCGAAUGUUGCGUUUACUCGUUAGUUAUUCUGUUCUUACUUCUUCUACUCGAACCGCCGAGGACGGUGGCUCCGAGAGAGUUUAUGGACUCUCAAUGGUUGGAAAAUACCUUGUCCCUGAUGAAAGUAGAGGCUACUUGGCUUCUUUCACUACAUUUUUGUGUUAUCCUGCUUUGUUACAGGUUUGGAUGAACUUCAAGGAAGCAGUGGUGGAUGAAGACAUUGAUUUAUUCAAGAAACUUCAUGGAGUGACAAAAUAUGAAUACAUGGGAAAGGAUAAAAAAAUGAACCAAAUAUUUAACAAGUCAAUGGUUGAUGUGUGUGCAACAGAGAUGAAAAGAAUGCUUGAAAUAUACACUGGAUUUGAGGGAAUAUUAACAUUGGUUGAUGUUGGAGGUGGAAGUGGACGAAAUCUCAAAAUGAUAAUAUCCAAAUACCCAUUAAUUAAGGGAAUUAAUUUUGAUCUGCCUCAAGUCAUUGAAAAUGCACCUCCACUUUCAGGGAUUGAUCAUGUUGGAGGAGAUAUGUUUGCAAGUGUUCCACAGGGUGAUGCCAUGAUACUAAAGGCUGUAUGCCAUAAUUGGUCAGAUGAAAAAUGCAUAGAAUUUUUAAGCAAUUGUCGCAAAGCUCUGCCACCAAAUGGGAAGGUGAUUAUUGUUGAGUUCAUAUUGCCAGAAGAACCAGAAGCAAGUGAAGAAUCUAAACUUGUUUCAACUCUUGACAAUCUCAUGUUUAUCACAGUUGGUGGAAGGGAAAGAACUGAGAAACAAUGGGAUAAAUUGUGCAAACUCUCUGGAUUUUCUAUAUUUCAAGUUGCUUGCCGUGCUUUUAACUGUUUAGGGGUCAUGGAAUUUUAUAAAUAAAGUUUUAUUAUAAUAAUAACUUUUUUUAAAAUGAAUGUAAAAGAAAAAGAGUAAAGGACAAAUAAAGACCUUUUUUGUGAGGUCAAGUGUGUUACAACUUUCUUGUUAAACCGUUUGCUUUGAUGUGAUGUAAUGUUUAUGCAAUUUAAGAUAAUUUGGUUUGUUUUAUUUUCUGUAACAGUGUAUGUUUUGGUUGUCAUUUCCAUACAAUAAUUCAUUUCUUUUAUCAUUUUAA